AUGGUCAUACCUAUUAAGGAUACUACUUUCCCUAUUACUACUCGAACAACUACGACCGGUUCCGUUCGUCUUUGUUCCUCAAACAAGGACAAGCUACUGCAGCAGCAUAUUGAUCAGACUGUCACCAAAAGGGCUACAAAAACUAUUACAACUAUCAUCAAUGCUGAAGUUACUACACUUCUGACAGAUAUUGUCACUGCUACUGUCUCGAGUACAACAAAUCUUCCUUUAGUACUGAGGGAGGUCUAUUGUAACAUCCGCGGUGAUCCCGACGGUGAACAAUACGGGAUUAGCUCUUUACAAGUCGGAGGCGACGCCUCCACUGAGCUCAUUUUCACCCGUUGCAAAGAUUAUUGCUCUUUCGUGGGAGCUAUUAGCUUUGGCUUUGAUUCUGAAUUUUGUUUGUGCUUUAGAGCUGGGGCGCAAACUGUAGCCAACGUAAACUCCGACCGCGACUUCCAUCAUUAUGACUUGGCUUGUGAUACGGCCGAACAGCCUAGCAUUCAGCGCGCACGCUCCCACGGCGCGCAUCUUGUCAAGCGAGACGACCAUAUCAGCCUAGAGAACUUGGUUGUCACUGCUGGCCCGCAUUUUGACAAGCGAGACGAUCGUGUACCAAUACCGAAUUGGCUUCCAGGGCCAAGGGAUCCCGCCACCAUCAGCGGUGAAUGUUUAUGCCUUUUCACAAAGCCUAAAUUUGUUGUGUUGUC